AUUUAGAUGAAUCACCAGUAAGAGCAUUAAGUACACAAGCUAAACCAAAGAAAGAGAGACCAGGCCGAAUGUGCGUCCUUUGCAACAAAAUCAUCCUAAAUGGAAAGCUAAAGAGACACAUUAUAAGCCACAAAAAAACACACAGUGAAGUUGCUGAUGUACUAAAAAAACCCUUAAAGGAACAAAACAUAUGGUUUGAAAAAAAGCGUCAUGAGGGAAUGUAUAAAUACAACAUACAACAUUUGAAUGAGAAUGAUGCCAAAUUGAUGAGGGAAAGAAAACCAAAAACACCAGAUGAGCUAAGAAUGUGCUUAGAAUGCAAGAAGUUCUUUUCUAACAGAACAUUCUACAAGCAUAAAGAUGUUUGUAAGAGUGAUGCAAUGCCAGUUAAAACACAAACACUCAGGCCCCUUUCUCAUCACCACGAUGAGGAAUUUGUUUUAAAUAUUCUGAAUAAGUUUCGUGAUGGGCCAGUGGGUAAAUUUAUUAGAGAGAACAAAAUUAUUCAAACCAUUGGAUAUAAGCAUUUCCUUGCUAGAAAAUCAGAAUCCAGUAAAUUCAAUGAAGUUAGAAGAGAGGUCAUGAUGGAAAUGAGGGAACUAAGCAGACUUUUUCUGUGCUUCCAGUCUCUUGCAGAAGAAGAAGUCACUUUUCAAGAUAUGUACGAAAGAAAUUAUUUAACAACCCUCAAAGAGGCCUUCACAAGUCUUUGUACAGGAGAAGAAGAAGAAAAACAUGGACUGAAAGUUAACUUAAAUAGCAUUUUCCAAAGAAGCAUUAAAAUUCUUUUGGGAUAUUACUCAGAAGCACAGCUUGAUGCCAAGGUGAAGGAAUUGGAAAGGUUUAGGAAGGCAUACAAUUUCAACCUUCCUGAUAUUGUUGGCAAAGCUAGGUACCACACAGAGAAGAACUCUUUGAAGAAGGCAAGACUCCCCAGAAACCUACCAGUAGAAGAUGACAUGAGAAAACUGAAACAUUUUCUUGUUCAAGAAAUAGAUGUUGCCAAGGAAAACUUCUCACUUCAUCAGUAUACAUGGCUUCGUUCAUUGGUAGUUGCCAGACUAACUCUAUAUAAUGCAAGACGAGGGGAAGAAGGUUCAAGACUAUUGCUUGAGGAGUGGUACGAUGCCAUCAAUGGCACCUGGGUUCCCCAGGAAAGUGUGGAAAGUGUUAAAGAUGAUGCAGAGAAAUAUCUUAUUGGACAAUAUAAGCUAGCGUACAUGGCAGGAAAGGGGAGAAAAUGUGUUCCGGUUCUGAUUCCUAAUGAUUUGGUUCAGCCAAUAGAACUCCUUGUAUCAAACAGACAGGCAUUUGGCAUAGGAGAGACUAAUCAUUUUUUGUUUGCUACGAAGAGUUCCAACUCACAUUGCUCUGGAUGGCAUGCAGUUUCUUCUGUUUGUGAGGCAGCAGGUGUUUCUUCUGUGUCGGCCACAAAAAACAGACAUAGAGCGUCAACAGUGUAUGCUAGUUUAGAAAUGUCAGACAUAGACAGGAGAGUUUUUUAUGACCAUCUAGGUCAUAACGAAUCUAUAAACAAGGAGAACUAUCAGUGCCCUCCAGGGAUAAAUGAAGUCAGAGUGAUGGGGAAGUUUUUGAGAACUCUAGAAGAUGGCAUAGUGACACAACCACAGCAGAAAAACAAGCAGACGAAAGAAUGUGGAAGAACAGAUGAGCCAGAGUGUGUCGAGUUGAGGAAAACACCUCAAAGAGAUUGCUUAGUGACACAACCACCGCAGAAAAACAAACAGAUGAAAGGUUCAUGUCGUUGGACGGAAGAAGAAACAGAAAGAAUUAAAAAGGAUUUCCAUGAUUGGAUUACGCUGGAAAGUGGAAAUAGUCUACCAAGUAAGACAUGUCUGGAGAACUACUUGAAGCAAUCUACAUGUACUUUGUCGUGUACACUACUUCAACUACGAACAAAAGUUAUGAAUGAACAGAAUAAAAGAAGAAAAGGUCUUACUAAGAGAUGGAAAAAACUUACCGAGUAGCUUUUUAAUCAGUCAGGGGCAUCGUGAAAACAAGUUAUUUUUUAAAUAAUUUGUUUCAGUUCUUAAAUGUCAACAUUUUGGGUUAUCUUCCCCUGAUCAUGGUUUUCUUCAUUAACUUUUUCCUGUUAUUGAUACUUUACUACUCAUUAUCUUAAACCUACUGGCAUCUGAAAGGCUUUAGUCAUGCUGUGCUUGGGUUAUUAAGUUCCGUUAGAUGAUUCAUGACAGGAACAGUAAUGUAUCUUUAACAUUUAACACAUUGAAAUCCAAAAAAUUAUAACUCAUAUCAAUUAUUUCAUCCUUAACCAACCUCACUUAAAAACUCUUACACAAAAUUCUACAGCUUUGUUCAAAAAAUGUAAGACAGAGAUUGUACAGUAAUAUCCAAAGAUUUUAGGAAACUUAGUCUUAAUGCUGGCAAAAUUGGCCGAAGAUGUGUAAUUGACCUCUGAAAUGUUAAUGAAAUGGAAUUAUUUUUCCUUGAAAAAUAUCAUGUUCUUUUCUUAAUAUCAUCAUAUCUGCUCAGAAGAUAUUAAGUUUGUUGAGUCUAUUAAAAGAAUUACAUAUAUUUACAAUUUUCUUAGCCUUAAAUCGUCUUAAAUCAGCAGCAAACUCAAAAUAUUAAAUGUUUUUUGCAAAACUAAUAGGCGUUCUACUUUUUAGGCAUUAACUCAAUUGAGUUAGUUUUUAGCUCACCUGAGCCGAAGGCUCAAGUGAGCUUUUCUGAUCACAUUGUGUCCGUCGUCUGUCCGUCCGUCUGUCCGUCCGUAAACUUUUCACAUUUUCGACUUCUUCUCAAGAACCAAUGGGCCAAUUUUAACCAAACUUGGUACAAACCAUCCUUAGGUGAAGGGAAGUUUAAAUUGUUAAAAUGAAGGGCCAAGUCCCCUUACAAGGGGAGAUAAUCAAGAAAAGACAAAAAUAGG